UGAAACAAAGAAGCCAUAUCCCACGAAAAAUGGAGAAUCUAUUUUCCAUGGCUGCUUUUCCCUCUUUUCUAAUUAUUUCUGCGGUAAUAGCAGCAUCAGCCCAGCAACAAAGAUAUUCCCGUAUUUAUCUUGGAUCUUCUUUAACACCCACUACAAAUUCAUCAUGGUUGUCGCCUUCUGGACUCUAUGCCUUUGGAUUCUACAAGCUAACCAAUGGCUAUGCUGUUGGAGUUUUUAUUGCCGGGAUUCCAGAAAAGACUGUAGUGUGGACAGCCAACUGGGAUAGUCCCGUUUUUCCCAGCAAUGUGGUUUUGCAAUUAAGAUAUGAUGGAAAGCUCAGUUUGCAGCAGAAAGAUCGAUCUGACAUAAUAAUUGCUUCAGCUUCUGCUUCAGCAUCAAUGCUUGACACUGGCAAUUUUGUUCUGUACGAUUCGUCUCAAAGGAUCACGUGGCAGAGUUUUGACAACCCGACGGACACUCUUUUGCCUGGCCAACACCUCUCAGCAGGAAAAGAGAUUUUCUCCAGUGCUUCGGCAACAAACCCUGCCAGAGGGAUUUUCCGUCUCAAGAUGCAAACUGAUGGGAACCUGGUGCAAUACCCCGUGAACACAGAAGACAAGCCGAAUUAUUCUUACUAUUCAUCAUUCACUGACGGAAAGGGCAGUAAUGUAUCAUUGAAUCUUGAUAAUAAUGGCCUUCUUUAUUUGUUCAAUGGAAGCUCCAUUAUACUCAAUCUAACGACAGGACAAUAUCGAACAAAAACGAUCUACCUCAUGAGAAUUGAUGUGGAUGGUAUUUUUCGACUAUAUAAUCGAUUGCUGGAUCAUCGAGGCAACUGGACUAAAGAAUGGUCAUCCACGGAAGAUAAAUGUAUCCCCAAGGGUUUAUGUGGGUUAAAUAGUUUCUGCAAUGUGACGGAUAGAGUUUCAGGGUGUGAAUGUCUUCCGGGAUUCGAUCAUGUUAAUCCAGGCGAUUGGAGCUCAGGAUGCGAGAGGAAUUUUGCCAUGGAAGGUUGUAAAGCCAAGGAUCAAAAUGUCAGUUAUGAAAUCAGAUCAUUGGAUAACACAGAGUGGGAAGAUACUAAUUAUGCUGAUGUAAAAGAUAUGACUAGAGAAGAUUGUAUUAAAGCUUGUUUAGAGGACCGCAAUUGUGGUGCAGCUCUCUUUCUAGGAACUCUCUCUCAAUAUGGAAGUUGCAAAAAGCAAAAGCUUCCACUGAGAUACGGAAGAAUAUUGCAAAGUGAUGAAUUGCGUAAUGGUCCAAGAAUUGCUCUUGUCAAGGUGAGCACAAGUACAACAGUUUCAGAGAAUUCAGUUAAAGAAAUCAAGAACGAACCCAAACGUCAAAUCUUAAUCAUUGGCAUUUCACUUGUUGCUUUGGCUGCCGUCAUAUUGGCAAUUUCUUGGGUUUAUGUCCACAGAAAUCAUGCCAGGACCUAUACGAUUUCCAACAAUAAAAAUGUUGAACUGAUUGAGGAUGUUGGUUUACGAGCAUUUACUUACGCAGAACUUGUGCAAGCCACGAAUGAAUUCAAAGAAGAGCUCGGUCGAGGGGCAUCUGGCGCAGUUUAUAGAGGAAUCCUAUCAAACAACAAAAUUGUUGUGGCCGUGAAGAGGCUUGAGAAAGAAUUGGCUGGAGAGAAAGAGUUCCAGACUGAGAUGAAGGUGAUAGGGAAAACAUAUCAUCGCAAUCUAGUCCGACUUCUUGGUUACUGCUUUGAAGCAUCCAAGUGGCUUCUGGUAUAUGAAUACAUGAGCAAUGGAUCACUUGCAGAUAUACUUUUCAAUCCCGAAAGUCGGCCAUGCUGGGAAGAAAGAAUCAGAAUUUCUCUUGAUAUUGCCAGAGGCAUCCUCUACUUGCACGAGGAGUGUGAGACACGGAUCAUUCAUUGUGAUAUUAAACCUCAAAAUAUUCUCAUGGAUGAGCACAGGUGUGCAAAGAUUUCCGACUUUGGAUUGGCAAAACUCUUAAUGCUAGAUCAAACAUAUACCAAUACAGGGAUCAGAGGAACAAGGGGUUAUGUUGCCCCAGAGUGGAACAUGAAUUUACCUGUAACAGUUAAAGCAGAUGUUUACAGCUUUGGAGUCGUGCUACUAGAAAUCAUAUGUUGUCGAAAAAGUGUCGAUCGGAGACUUUCUGAGAAUGAAGCAAUUCUUCAAGAAUGGGUUUACAACUGUUAUGCUGUCGGAGAGUUGAAUAAACUAGUGGGAUAUGAGGAGGUUGAAACACAAACAUUGGACAGGAUGAUUAAAAUUGGUCUCUGGUGCAUCCAAGACGAGCCAUCAAUGCGUCCAUCAAUGAAAAUUGUUCUAUUGAUGCUGGAUGGGACUUUUGACAUUCCAGUACCACCAUGUCCUAAUUCUUUCCAAAGUUCCAUUUAGAAUGUUUUUUUCCCAGCUUCUGCAUUCUGUUUUAACUUUUUAUUGGUUUUGUGAAUGUAGUUCGAGUGUGAGAACAGUUAAUCAGUCAUGUUACUGAUUGAUUCGUCGACAUUUUCUUGGAUGUUGAAGUUUAAGUUGAAGAUUUUAU